UUAGCUUCCGGCUGGGGGGCGCCUUUUCGCUGUAUUUUGUAUUGAAUUUUGAUAGGGAAAAACUAUAAAAGCUCCCCUAAUCCCCCACGUCGAAGCACCACAACCUAGGGGUGUGAUUUGAUGUGACGCUUUGAUGUUAAACGAUCAGACGAUGUCCGUGGUUUUUGACGGGAGUUCGCUGAAAGGGAUGCAGAGCUCUCACAGUCUCCCUCCGCAGACUGCCCUGAGCACCCAGGAACUGUCCCAGGAGAUCAAGUCCUUCAUCAGUGGUGUUGACGCUGUUCAGGGUCGGAAGCUCAGUGUCAGGGAACAUGCUCGCUGUGCCAUUCGGCUGCUGCGUUCUGUUCCGGCCUGUCGAGGGGCAGUGCUGGAACAUCUGAGGGGUGUUUAUGAUGAGCAUGUGUCGGCAUUCCUGCAUAACCUGGAGACAGAGGGUAAUGCCAGCUCCGGAGUCAGCUCCAACCUUGAAGAUAUCAUACAGGAGGUUCAUGGCGUGCUGUCAGAGUUUAUCCGUCUCAACCCGCGGGCCUGGGCCCCUCUGGUGUCCACUUGGGCUGUGGACCUACUGGGCCAGCUGAGCAGCAAGCAUGCUGGGCGCAGGGUGGCCCCCCACUCUUCUAGCCUCAAUGAGCUGCUCCAGCUGUGGAUGUCUUGUGCUGCCACUCGGUCCCUCAUGGAGGCCUACUCCCAGUGUCUGGCUGCGAUGCUGGCCUGGUGCCCCGAUGCCUGUGUGGAUGCUCUGUUGGACACCUCAGUUCAGCACUCCCCACAUUUUGACUGGGUGGUAGCUCACAUUGGGUCUGCCUUCCCAGGAACCAUCAUCAGCAGAGUGUUGGCAUGUGGACUGAAGGACUUUUGCUCUCAUGGCUCCAAGGACCAGGGCUUACUAUUAAUGGGAGUGGAUAAAGGCAGCAGGGUACCCAAGAUUGGCUCAGUGGUAGGAAUCCUUGGACACCUGGCAGCACAUCACUCUGACAGCAUCCGGAAGGAGCUGCUCAGGAUGUUUCAGGAGAGUCUGAGUCCAUCAAGCCCACUAUCUCCCACUUCCUCCUCAACGUCUUGGGAAAGUUCCCCACAACUUCGAUGUGCUGCAGUUCCAUUUCUGCUGCAGCUAGCUGCAAUGUCCCCAAACCUCUUUGGUGCUGUGUCUUCAGAGCUGGUAGAGCUGUUACGGCCUCCCGUCCUGCUCCAGCUGCAGGCUCUGCUACAGGGCCUCCCCAGAGAGGAACUAGAUAACAUGCUGGGGCUGGCUGUCCACCUCAUCAGCCAGAGCCCAUCAGGCGGUGCUCAGGUCCUCAGAUUUCUGGCUGACACUGCAACCCCAGCAUCAGUCAUCAUCUCUGGCCCAACACCGUCACCCCAUGAAGGAGUCAGAGAAGGCUGCGACCGCCUCCUCCAGAUGCUGCUCCUCCAUCUCCAUAAAUUAGUCUUCAACCGCUCUGAUGGAGUUGAGAUAAACCCUCAUAACUCAGCCUCAUGUCAGCCCCAGAGGGUCAUCCCCUUCUUGGAGGAGCUGCGGUCUCAUGUUGGUCAACUUUGUGCCGAGACACUGCGACUGGAGAGGAAGCGUCACCUCUGGCUGCACCAGCUGCUCUGCCUGCUAUCAGUGUAUGGGGGUCCCAGUGUAGCCACCGAGACACUCUGCCAGCUUCUCACACAGGCCCGCAACCCAGAGGAGUUGGCUUUAGCCUGGCAGCUCCACACCACACUCUCCUCCUGCAUGGCAGGACUCAUUCCUGCUGCAGUGGCCCGCUGUGUUGCCCAAAUUCAUACUCAAACCCUGGGGCCUCGACAGCUGAGGCAGUUGCUGCUUAACCUGUCUGCGGCCAUCCAGAGCCAGGAUGAGGAGAGGAGAGGAGCAGCAGGAGCUCAGUCUUCCAUGGCAGUCCAGGUGGGCUCAGCAGUCUCAGGACACCUCCAUGAUUUCUGCCCGCUCCUUCUCCACAGUGACCCAGCUGUAUCUCAUGCUGCAGCACGUCUCCUGUCCUGUAGCCCACUCCCUCGCGCUGCCUCCCCAGCACACCUGCUUUUGCUCUCCCGAGCUGCUGUCACUCAUUUCUUCUUGGCACUGCGGAGGAGAGGAGAAGUGGGGACAGCUGGUAGAGAUGGGGGGCAGGCAAGUGAGGCUGUGAACUACUCAGUUCUUCUUCUGACUCGGUUUGCAGCUUACUCGCCUCUCACUCUGAAGGCAGUUCUUCAGCAGCUGGUGGAGGGAGCGCUGCACAGAGGCAACACUGACCUGUUUGGUGGGCAGAUCGCAGACAUGUCUGGCGCCCCUGUGCUUUCCCCGUCUGUAUCACCUGACCUUGGAGCCUCUUUGCUGGACAUUAACUGUCGGUUUGGUACCACUGUUAAUUUUUCUGGCAGUGUGUGGUCUGUGUUUCAUGCAGGAGUGAUUGGCAAGGGACUGAAGGUUCGCUCUGCCACACAGCUGCCUGACCCAUCAGGACUCGUCCAGAACAUCCAGACUCUCCUGACUGUUAUCGUACAGUGCUGCAGCUCCUCUGGUCUCAACGGCUCACAAUCACCAUCUGACCCCAGCGAGCUGCUGCCAAUCAACGCAGAGGCGGCCAAGGUCGUUGCAGUCACACUAGUGGAAAAUGUUUGUCCUGAUGUGGCCAACGGGGAGCUGUCUUGGCCCCCUGAGGAGCACGCCCGCACCACAGUGGAACGAGACAUCCACAUUAGACGCUGCUUUGAUGCCCACCCGGUGCUCUUUCCCCUUCUUCAGGUGGUGGCAUCUGGACGCCCGGCUCUCUGCUACUGCUCAGCUGUUCUCAGAGGCCUCCUGGCCACACUGCUGACGCACUGGGAGGCUUCCCGAGAGGGGUCAUCCACAGACUCCCCUUGGCACUUGCAGGCCUCCUGCCUCUUGGUGUCCUGCAUGGGAGAAGGCCAACUCCUGCCUCCUGUUCUGGCCAACGUCCAUGAAACUUUCCCCCAUCUGACUCCCUUUGAGGUGAGGCUGCUGCUCCUGGCUGUGUGGGAAUAUGUGAGGGGAAACGGGCCACUGCCACAGAAGUUUGUCUUCAGUCCAGAGAAGGGCAUGUUCUGCAGGGAUUUCUCACGGGAUGGUGACGUUGCAAGAUAUGUGGCACCAAUUCACAGCGUCCUCCAUAAAAACAUUGACAGAUUGGGACAUUUGUGCUGGCGGUUCCAACUCUGAGAAGAAGCAACAAGAAAACUGUGACAGAGAAUAAAGAGACUGACAAACAGGGGAAUUUGUGUUGAGUUAGAAGUCUGCAAAGUUACUUUAACUGUAGUUCUGUUUCAUUAAAGUAGAUCUGUUUGCA